UUUUGCGAGCAGAACUCCAGAAUCUGAAAGCUGUAUCUCAUUCUUUCUUUUUCUUUCCUUCUCUACUUGAAAUAUCCAACUCGGGGGAAAAUUUUUCGAGUCCAUCGGGUAUAGACGAAAAAUGGACGGGUCUCCGGACGGAUCAGAAAUUGGUAAGGUGGAAAUUAAUGGAGGUACCGAAAAGCGUCAGCACGUUCCGUACAUCCUAAAUGGGGAACUGUAUCGGAUUGAGAAUCAGGUUGGCGAUAAUGUCACCGUGAAGUGCUGCUACUGUCCGCCGGAUCGGAUUUAUCGCGGCAGCGUGCGUUCCACCGGAAACUUUCAUAUGCACAUCAAGCGUCGUCAUAGUUCGUUACUUGGAAAAUUGCAUGAAAUGAAGGUGGCCGCUUUGGAGGAGCGCCGUGAUCGUAUCAUGAAGAAUCGACGCUUUGGUAAGCCUCGAAAGAAGUCGCCUCCAUGCCAGUCGUCCGGGGACAGCCCGUCGGAUAUAGUGGAGGGCAACAAUGCAGGAGGUGCUCCAACAGGCGGGGUGAGUGAGGAAACCCGUGAGCUGAAAAUCAAAACGGUGUUCCAGCGACACAAGCAAGAGCAGGAGGGAGCGGCCAUAAGAUCGUCCAACGAUUCAACUUCUGAUACCAGCGGCAAGGCCAAUACUUCCAGUAUUUAUUUGCUUCAGAAUGUUGAAACCGUGACUACAACUUCGCCGUCUACUCCCCAUGUUGGGAUCUUGGGUCGCGUUAAGCCCGAGAAAUCGAAUAGUUCUGGAUUACUGGGCAACCAACCGGAGGCUAUUGACUUGAGCCGGGCUCAAUCGCACCAGAACGGAGAAGUGGCCACCAGCUCGUUGAGCUUCACCCCAGGAGGGACUUCUUUGGAGUAUCCGCGUUCGCAGGCCGUCGCCCAGUCGCUGUCCUUCACCCACUUUGUGGAAAACUCGCAUCGUGAUGUUCUGCAGCGUCUGGACCGUACCAUGACCGAGAUAAGCCAAGAGCUGCGCAGCCGUAACCGCAUCGAGCAAAAUCGCCUGUUGUUGGAGGCGGCCAAGUUCAAGUAUCUGAACCCCAACUUUAAAUUUGAACCAACACUUUAAUGGGGAAACUUGAUGACUUUGAACUACGACCUACCUCAAAAUACUCAGCUUAAUUAAGUAAUGAUACUAAUCCUAAUCCUUACAAUAAAACCUUAAAACGAAA